UUUUCUGCGGCAGUUGGUAACAUGAAAGCUAGUAACUUUCACGCUAACUUCACUCUUCAAGACCAAAAGAAAACAAGAUACUAUAAACAGAAGCAAACACAUUUGUAUUGGAAAUAAAUUGAUUAUUUUAACGGUCAUUAAUGAUUAAUUUAUACAAUCCCGAUUUGGGAGAUGCCGAAAAAAUGGAAAACGCUCGACGACGAAGUUCCAGUCGAUCCAUAAAACGUAGAAAAUUCGAUGACGAAUUGGUCGAGUAUAGCCUGGGCUUGCCCGGCGUCUCCAAUUUAAAGACCGGACGAGCGAGAUCUCAAUCAUUGACGACAGUACAUCCUGAAAUGCCUACCACUUCCAAUGCGACCGUAAUUGCAAAUAACGUACCCGUUCCUUCAAAUGUUGAGGUGAAGAGAAAGUCUUUCUCGAAGGGCAGUUUAGGUGUCGCGAAACGUUCGAAGAGAGGUCGCCAUCAGAAUCAAAUUACCACCAAAGAUCUGGGAAGGUGGAAGCCAACUGAUGACUUGGCGUUAAUUAUAGGAGUGCAACAGACUAAUGAUCUUCGGCUAGUCCAUUUGGGGACGAAGUUUUCUUGUAAAUUCACUGUGCAAGAAUUACAGCAGAGAUGGUACGCUUUGUUGUAUGAUCAAGCGGUAUCGCGUGUAGCAGUGGCUGCAAUGCGUAAUUUACAUCCUGACAUGGUUGCUGCCGUACAAGAUCGAGCUUUGUGGUCCGUACAGGAGGAAGAAAUUUUGGGAACAAUUAAAUCGCCGUCCAGUCCGGUCUUACAUUCGUUUGCGGAUUUAUUGGCACAGCAUUCCGACGUUUUUUAUCCCAAUCGUACUGCCAGCGCUUUACAACGUCAUUGGCAUACCAUGCGACUGUACCACCUCUUACCCGAUCAGUUGGUGCCACCGUUGCCGAUUAACUCCAAGCCCGUGCUCUCCUUCAGCGACGCCGAGGACAUGAUACAAGAUGCCGACUUGAAUGAGCCGCCGGACGAAGCUUUAGAUCGCGAAUUACGAUUGCAGCAAAGACACAACACGAGGGAAAUACGUCAGCUCGAAAACGAACUGUCGCGUUGGAACGUACUCGUGGACAGCAUAACUGGAAUCUGCACGGGUGAGAUGGAUAGCAAUACCUUGGCCGUACUACGCGGUAGGCUCGUUCGUUAUUUAAUGCGGAGCCGGGAGAUUACUAUAGGAAGAUCGGCGAAGAAUCACACUGUCGAUGUGGAUUUGUCUUUGGAAGGGCCUGCGGAAAAAAUAUCAAGGCGACAAGGAACUUUGAGGCUGCGAAACAAUGGAGAAUUCUAUAUAUCUUCGGAAGGCAAACGACCAAUCUUCGUUGAUGGGCGACCCAUAAUGGCCGGAAACAAAGUACGAUUAUAUGACAAUUCUGUAGUAGAAUUUUCUUCGCUUCGGUUUAUUUUUUCAAUCAAUCAUGAGAUUAUCAGAGUGAUACAUAAUGAAAAUGUAAGAUUUAAUUAACGUGUUAAUAACUUGUUUUUCUGUUAAUGUACUUUUAUAUACGAAACAGUGCAUAGCUACAGCCAGGCAUAUUGAAUUAAAUGUGUUCAGGCAAGAUAUAUAAUUCAUAUCGAAAAGUCUACGCCACAAAUAAAUUUUUGAUGUAUU